CAAUGCAACCCAAUCAAGUGUGUACUAGCCUUACAUUUUAAAUUAUCAAACAACCUUGAAUUUGAGUAAACACUUCAAAUAAAUUACAUAAUCUAAAUUCAGCUACUCAAUCAUGAGUGCCAUGAGGAUAGGCGCGCGCGCGUUUACAACGCAUUUGCUGUCAAAAGGCCAGACCGGCAACAGUUUAGUCAGCCAAAGAAAUAUAUCGACAACAAACAUCAACAAUAUGAAAUUCGUCCAGUUCGCAUAUAAAGACGACCCGAAGCAAAUUCGAGCGGGAUAUUUAGAAGGGGACCGUGUUGUUGAUAUUAAUAAAAUUGAUUCUAAAGCCCCUCAAACAUUGUUGGGAUUGUUGAAUUCGGAAUAUGUGAACAAAGUUUCUGGAUACCCAUCUUCAAAGCCACAAAGCGUGCCACUCUCAGAUGUUACACUGAAGGCUCCAAUCCACGGUGUGGACAAGAUCCUAUGCGUCGCCCUGAACUAUGCUGAUCACUGCAAGGAACAGAAUCUACAAGAGCCCAAGAUACCGAUCAUCUUCAGCAAGUUCUCCAGCACAAUCAUUGGGCCCAACGAGGCUGUGAAGAUUAGGACUCAUAUUUCGAAGAAAGUAGACUGGGAAGUGGAGCUGGCCGUUAUCAUUGGCAAGACUGCAUCAUCAGUGAAAGCUGCGGACGCAUACAAAUACAUAUUCGGGUACACCGUCGCUCAGGACAUUAGCGGACGAGACUGGCAGAAGGAGGCAAAUGGAGGACAGUUUUUACUGGGAAAGUCGCAAGACACAUUCUGCCCAAUCGGGCCGUGCAUAGUAUCGGCCGACGAGAUCGGAGACCCACACACAUUGGACAUCAAAUGUUCCGUGAACAACGAAGAGAAACAAAACAGCAACACUUGUCAGCUGAUCCAUAAGAUACCUGAUGUCAUUGAAAGGAUUAGCUCAAUAAUGACGCUGCUCCCAGGUGACAUUAUCCUCACUGGCACUCCAGGAGGAGUGGGGAUGCACCGAAAACCCCCACAAUUCCUCAAACCAGGCGACACAAUCACCAGUGAAAUUGGAAAAAUUGGAACAUUAGUUGUUUCAGUUGAAGAACAUAAUUAAUGAUUAACUGCCACACUCAGAGUCAUUUAAUGCUUACUUAAACUAUUACUUAGUAACGAUUUUGUAUGGAAAACAACUGUUAAGGACUGGGUUAAGUAACCAUUAAAUGACUCUGAGUGCGCGAGUAAGACUCUAAUUACGUUGAUAUAAGGUCGAGAUUAAUUAAAAUUUGACUUUAGUUCUAUUGAAUUACUGUCAAAAACUGAUCGAUCUAGAGUCCAGAGAUUUGAAGAUCGGCUAUUAUUAAUAUCGGCCUUAAGGUAAGCGUCUACUGGCCCGCAUCGUAGGCAUCGGACACGUCUCACGAAUGCCGUACCGAAAAAUCCGAGUGAAACUGGGAUCGGCAAUCUGAUUGCUAAUAUUCGCGUCGGCAAUCCGAACGCUGCCGAUAGUGUGGACGUAGUCUGAAAAAUUAAUCCGUUUGAUGCGAUUCGAUCGAUGCAUACGAUACGGGCCUAUGGACGCUUGCCUUUAAAGUCAUUUCUCUUUUUGAACACUCUGUACUUACGUUUUUUAAUGCUUUUGUUUAUUUUGUAAUGAAUUUAUUGUAAAUGAUAUAUCUUGCUUGUUUUAUAUACCUGCUUAAAUAUAAGUAUAUACUAUUGUUACAUUUAAUAUAAUCAGUAUAGGUACAGCCUUUAUUCAUAAUGUUUGUUAGCAUUUUUAUUUACGUUUUGUAAAUAAAUCAUGUUUUUAAUAUUGAUGGAA